AUGAAGCUGGUUCUUCCCAGCAACCGACUCUGUUCCAACCUGAUCCGACAGCAGCCAGCUUUGCGCACUCUAUCCACCGUUACUUCGCGAUACCUAGCCUCCUGCUCUCCCGUAUAUACGCCGGUGUCUACCUCGUCUUGCUUAUUCUCUACCCGACGGUUACUGAGAUGGGGCUCAGAAGGCCGCUGGAGAUCGUGUCAGAAAAGAUAUUACGGCAAUAGUCAUGGAGGGAAUGGCUCACAUAACCAGACAAACCAGAAUGGCGGUCGAUACUCAAGAAGAAGCUAUGUUCUUCUCGUAGCUACAAUUGGUGCCGCCACAUUGACUCCGGCUGCUCUGCUUGAGCUGGCAGAGAAGAAGAAUCAAGAGGACGGGUCGAGCACUCGAGAGCGUGAGAUGCUACAUGCAUCACGGGCGGAAGCACGGAGCCUAAGACGUACCGGAAGAGGUAUAGAGCAUGACAGCGAUGGGGAUGAUACUGAAAGACAGAGAGCUCGGAAUGUCCUAUGGCGUAUAUACGGCUUUCUGGACGAGUACGUGUUCGAGGUUAUUGCUACAGGGUUUCGAUUUGUUCACCUGGUGGCUCUAUUUAUCCCGGUCAUAGCGAGCGUACCAAUAGUUUUCUUUGGAAGGAGGGUGAAGGAUCGAGAUAACCAUAGGCGUGGUGCUCUACUAUGGUAUGCACUUGUAGUGUACACCAUGGAGCGUGCCGGGUCGGCAUUUAUCAAGCUUGGGCAAUGGGCUGCUUCAAGAUCCGAUAUAUUCCCCCCUGAGCUAUGUACUAUGAUGUCCUCCUUACAUUCACAUGCACCGGCACACCCGCUACACGUUACGAAACGCACGAUCAGUAGAGCGUUCAAUGGCCUACCAUUUGACGAGAUCUUUGAGGAAUUCGACGAAAAGCCACUUGGUGUGGGUGCUAUUGCCCAGGUAUACAAAGCAAAACUCCGGCCGGACCUGGCUGGUUCCCUAGAUCGCGCAUCUAAACCUGCGAAUCUCCGCGAGAAGAUGAGGAAAAACGUGAAUGUUCUGGUUAAGAGCACUCCAGAGAGCGUUCCAUCCUCAUACAUUGCGAUCAAAGUUCUUCAUCCAAAUGUUGAUAGGACCGUACGGCGAGACCUACGCAUUAUGGGAUUUUUCGCUACUUUAAUACACUGGAUACCUACCAUGGAAUGGCUAUCAUUACCCGAUGAGGUCGAAAAGUUUGGAGAAAUGAUGAAGCUCCAAUUGGACCUACGAAUUGAGGCAGCAAAUCUGGCGUUUUUCAGAGAGAACUUCAAAUCGCGAACUACGGCUAGGUUCCCCUACCCCUAUACUGAAUAUACCACCCGUGAGGUGUUGGUAGAGGAGUUUGCUCAGGGUAUCCCGCUUGCUGCAUUUCUAGAGAAUGGCGGCGGUGUUUUCCAGCAUGACAUUGCCCAUGAGGGAUUGGAUGCAUUCCUCCACAUGCUGCUCAUUGAUAACUUUGUCCACUCGGACUUACACCCUGGCAACAUUAUGGUACGCUUCUAUAAACCAAGCCAGCUAGACCUCUCCUUGAGCGUGCAGAAUCCCCACGGAGCUUUGGUAUCUGAGAGCGGGAACACUGUAACGGAAUCAGUUCUGUCACGGUUGAGGAAACACCGGAAAGACCCAGCUGCCUGGAAUGAGACCCUGAAGCAGAUUGAUGCUGAAGGAUACCGCCCCCAGUUAAUCUUUAUUGAUACCGGUCUUGUCACCGAGCUCAAUGCUGUCAACCGACGUGACUUCCUCGACCUGUUCCGAGCCAUUGCCGAAUUCGACGGAUAUAAGGCCGGUUAUCUUAUGAUCGAGAGAUCCCGCCAACCUGACACUGUUAUUGACGCAGAAAUAUUCGCCCUUAGGAUGCAGCAUCUUGUUCUCAGCAUCAAGGGAAGAACAUUUGCACUGGGCAAUGUGAAGCUCGGCGAUGUGUUAAGUGACGUGCUAUAUAUGGUGCGGAAUCACCAUGUGAGACUCGAAGGUGACUUUAUCAACGUUGUCAUUUCUGCUCUUCUCCUAGAGGGAAUUGGCAGGAGAUUGGAUCCAGAUCUGGAUAUAUUUAAGAAUGCACUGCCAAUUCUCCGCCAACUCGGAUCUAAAUCUACGCUGCUCAAAUCUGUCCGCGAUGGAGAUACAUCGAUGCUCCGUGUAUGGGUUGGACUAGAAGCACGAAGCUUCCUCAAGGCCAGUAUCUCCAGCGUCGAGAAGUGCGUGAAGUACGACCUCCUGUCCCCAAAUAUUUAA